CUCUUUUCCGUAGGUGUUGCAAGCACGCAGCCAUGGCGUCCAAGCGAGGUGGAACGACGACGGGAGCCAAGUUUCGAGUGACGCUGGGUCUGCCGGUGGGCGCGGUGCUGAACUGCGCCGACAACACGGGCGCCAAGAACCUGUUCAUCAUGUCGGUGUGCGGCAUCAAGGGCCGCCUCAAUCGCCUGCCGUCCGGCGCCGUCGGCGACAUGGUGAUGGCGACCGUCAAGAAGGGCAAGCCCGACCUCCGUAAAAAGGUGCUACCGGCGGUGAUCGUGCGGCAGCGCAAGCCGUGGCGCAGAAAAGACGGCGUGUUCAUGUACUUCGAAGACAAUGCGGGAGUCAUCGUCAACCCGAAAGGAGAAAUGAAAGGGUCGGCCAUCACGGGGCCGGUGGCGAAGGAGUGCGCGGAUCUGUGGCCGCGUGUGGCCAGCGCUGCCAACUCCAUCGUCUAGCCGCCCUCUGACUCCGCGAGGGCAGCGGCAGUGAAGGGCGACAGGAGAGGCAAGGGGCGGCAGGGCUUGUCAGUGGCAGUGGCAGUGGCAGUGGCGGCAGCAUUGUGUGCGGGGCUUGUUGUGAUGGGAAUGUGAUGCAGGCGGACAGGCAGAGCAAUGUCAAUGGCCAUAGCAAUGCAAUUCAAUGCACCAAGAUGUUGUGCCCCGUGUCACUUGCGCUUUGCUAUCAACGUUUGGGAUUUCCAGCCCAUGAUUCACUGGUUGAAAGAAAGUUGAAUAGGUUCAAAUUUUGUAGCAACGAUUGCUUGUCUCCAUGGCGCAGUGGAGGCUCGUUCCCAGCAAGGUCGGAGGAUUCGGUGCAGAACAACUGCCAGUGUGCGUCGGGCGUCGGACAUGCGCCACGAGCGGAAACUGUCUUGCACCCUCGACUCGACACCUGCACGUUACGUCAUACGCAUGAGGCUCCCACGCGCACAUCCACCGCCGUUGCUAGCACCACCCAGCUCCGCGUGCCGCCAUCCGCGCGACCCCGCAUCUCUGUCGCCCGCAUGGCCACUCCACGCGUCGCCGCGUUCCCCCCGCCCGCGACACGAGUCCGCCUCACACCGCUCGUGCUGCGCGCGCUUCUCAUGUGCCUCGUCUGCCUCGUCCCUGCCGCUCCCGCCGCACCCAUCUCGUCGCCCCCUCCCUCCUCUCCGUCGCAGCCGUCGCCCACUGCCGCUCGUCGUCGCCUGCGACAAUCGCCCGAUCCCCUGUCGCUGGCUGUCGCCUCGUCGCCCCUGGCAGAUUGGGCGGCAGGCGAUGGGCGGGAGGGUGACACAUGGCGCGAUUUG